UGUUUUUUUUGUUGUAGACCAGCCCCUGAGAAUACUCUGCGCAGGAUCGCAGAGGCGUGUUGUUGUUUUCAAAACUGCUAAGGUUAUGACUGGCGGGACCGACUUUAUCAAAAGCUACACGAAUCACACGGACUCGGAGCCUGUAAUGGAUGUAGACAUGGAUUCCAGUCAUAUGGAGAGUGAGCGGGGUGAAAUGGACAGUGGUAUCCCGGCUGCGUGCUCUUCAAACGGCAGUGGCGGGGAGGAGGAUGAGGCGGAGGCCAUUGGCCGUCUGAGAGAAGCCGGGGGAUCGAGUAUUCACUACACCCCGGAAGGUGGUGGGGUGUUCUGCUGCGGCAGGGAGCAGGAGGUGUCGGUCGAGAUUGGAGAAACGUAUUUAUGUCAACGAGCCGACAAGACAUGGCAUACAGCAGAGGUUAUUCAGUCCCGACUGAAUGAACAGGAGGGAAGGGAGGAGUUCUAUGUCCACUAUGUAGGAUUCAACAGACGGCUAGAUGAAUGGGUGCUAAAGGGCCGUCUGGCACUCACCAAGCAGGUGAAGGAUGCAGUGAGGAAGAGCACAGAGAUCGGAGCCGUUGGGGAUUUGGGUGAACAGCCUGAAAGGAAAAUCACUCGCAACCAGAAGCGCAAGCAUGAUGAGAUCAACCAUGUACAGAAGACGUACGCUGAGAUGGACCCAACAACAGCUGCGCUUGAGAAGGAGCAUGAGGCGAUCACCAAAGUGAAAUAUGUGGAUAAGAUCCAGAUAGGAAACUUUGAGAUUGACGCCUGGUACUUUUCGCCGUUUCCAGAGGACUACGGCAAGCAGCCCAAGCUGUGGAUCUGCGAGUACUGCCUUAAAUACAUGAAGUUCGAGAAGACCUUCAGACAUCACCUUUCCCAUUGUCAGUGGAAGCAGCCUUCAGGCAAAGAAAUCUACAGAAGAAGCAACAUAUCGGUGUAUGAAGUGGAUGGGCGGGACCACAAGAUCUACUGUCAAAAUCUUUGUCUUCUAGCAAAACUAUUCCUCGACCACAAGACGCUUUAUUUUGACGUAGAGCCCUUCAUCUUCUACAUUCUCACUGAAGUCAACAAACAGGGAGCGCACAUCGUCGGCUACUUCUCCAAAGAGAAAGAGUCUCCAGAUGGGAAUAAUGUGGCGUGUAUUCUCACACUGCCGCCGUACCAACGCAGAGGCUACGGGAAGUUCCUCAUAGCCUUCAGUUAUGAGCUGUCUAAGCUGGAGAGUGCAGUGGGUUCUCCAGAGAAGCCUCUGUCUGACCUGGGGAAGCUGAGCUACAGAAGUUACUGGUCCUGGGUCCUGCUGGAGAUUCUGAGGGACUUCAGAGGAACGCUGUCCAUCAAGGACCUCAGCCAGAUGACCAGCAUCACGCAGAGUGACAUCAUCAGCACACUGCAGUCGCUCAAUAUGGUGAAAUACUGGAAAGGUCAGCACGUUAUCUGUGUGACGCCCAAACUGGUAGAGGAGCACCUGAAGAGCGCCCAGUACAAAAAACCACCAAUCACAGUUGACACUAUGUGUUUGAAGUGGGCGCCCCCAAAAAAUAAACAAGUCAAGCUGUCCAAGAAGUGAGAAGCCGAGCCAGUGAUGUCCGUCAUAUCGAUCUGUUUUUAUAUCAUCCGCCAGCCAAGUUCACGCUUUUCUCCUUAAAUAGCAAAAUAACCUGCUGUUAUGAACACCCUUGUAUAUAGUCAUUGCUAGCAUCUGUCAGUAUUUUCUUAAAAUAUGUAUAAAAAAUGACAAGUC